CGCUCACCACCAGACGCUCGCGUACCACGUCGUCGUUCUCGCUCGUGGCGUCGCCGUGUACAACAGAUGGAACGCGCUGAACGUCAGCGUGUUUUGCAUGCAGGAAACCACGGCCAACACUGGAAGCGCAGACGAUUGUGCGAAUGGGUCAAGAAGACACGCAGUGCUAAUGCGUCACCACUGCGUCAACAAAUUAAGCCCAACGCUAAUGACCCUAGCAAAGUUCCGGACAAUCGUCAGCAACGAACACGAAGUGCCACGCCUGUUCGUUCCGCAGAUGCUGAUAGCUCAGAACCGUGGCAGGUACCAAUCAAGAAAGAAGAUGCGCCAGCUUCCGGUGGUGUUGAUGGUGGUGGGAAGCUGAAGUUUCAGGUGCAGCUGGCACACGGCAGUCCAACUGGGAUUAUUGGAAAUUUUAAAAGUAUCGCUCAGCUCUAUCAGGUCGUAAGCUAG